UUAUUAAUCAACUGUCGUUACACUUUAUAAAUUAUCUCUGUCUUCUCUAGGUAUAAGAUGACCUCGACACUGAUGUCCCUGAUUUAUUAGAAUCUCAAAAUCAUGACAUGGUUUGCAUGAGACGAAGUCCAGAAAAUACAUUGUUGCAACAAUCCAGACAUAUUCUAUUCAUAAGCCUUGUCUAACGCUGCAUACGGAGCGUGAAUGUAAGAAUGCCCCAGACACAGUUGAAGGUGGUAAGACAAGAACGGAGCACAGAAAGGUUAUUGUAAGUUCUCAUUUCAAGGAUAAGUCAAUCAAUAAACACAAUCCGGAAGAUAAACAAGAAAAGCAAUUGCUAAAGGAUGAUCUUGCUAUUGUUAUGCACGAGGAUGCAGUUCCUGAGAGUGCUUAGUUUGAGAAUAGCUAUUUUAAAGGCAAAGUUGCGAAAAGGACAACCUCCCCACAUGACAACGUUCAAAUGGAAAAUGUGAAACUAAAACAACUGUGUAUCAGUGCAUCCCUUCCAGAUGAUGGUUCCUGUGCAUCUAGCCUGAACAAAACAAUUACAGACACAAAUAAAGAAGGAAAAUUCAGAUCCAAUAUUUCCCUUUUAGGCCGUUAUUCAGAUAUAGCGAAGAAAUCAAUGGAAAGAUAUGUAUCAGUAAUAUCAUCAUUUAUAUUUUCCUCGUCUAGUUCUCAUGCAAGUGGCCUUCGUGCUCCUCUGAAAGAUGUCCAAAACACCGGUACCAAUAGACCAACUGUUGAUGAUGACUUUAGCAAAUUUGAAUACGUACCAAGUAAUCGAAAAACUUUCCCAGCAUCUCGCAAGCGCUGUUUUAGACCGGUUUAAAGCAAAACAGUGAGGCUGUGAGCAUCCAUGUGAUCCAUUUAUUUUGAAAUUCAAAACUUGGGGACUACAAUUGUUGACAGCACGUAAAUCCUCUGUCUGCGUGUGUGUGUGUGUGUGUGUGUGUGUCUAGGAUGUCGCUUUCCUAUAUCUGAGUGUAUAUAUAGUUGACCAUUAGCAGAUUUAUCUUUUCUUCUUUUAGCUGAUAGCAACACGAACCCUAUUUCAAAAGGAUAAGAUUAAGGCAGGCAAAUUAAGUACCUUGUGCAACUGAAAAAGCACCUAGCUAUCACUAUAAUCAAAGACUUCUGAUUAUAUCUGGAAGUUCCGUGUAGGCCUUUUUCUUCCACACUUUGGAAAUGGAAA